AUGAAGUUAGAGAAAUCUAUGCAAAAACAGACAGAAGAGGAUCAACAGCCACCGCUGGUAGAACCUAAAUCAAGACAAGAACAAGAAAACCAGCAGCAGCAGCAGCUAGGUGCAGCUGUAUCUGAACCUACACAGUUCACAUCACUGCAGAAAAAAACACAAUUCAACAAACCGUUUGAUCCAGAUAUAAAUAAAGCUGGUCCUAGCACUUCACAUAAUGAUUCUAGGACUCAUGAAACACAACAAAUUCACAAUGGCAAGCAUACAAAAAGUGAGGAUUUUGCAAAGCAACAUAAAAAGGCAACUGCAUCCACAGAAGUUCCUACAGAACUAUCGGACAGUUCUGAACAUGAAGUUGAGAAAAUUACAGUACAAAGAAUUGACACUGUCAUUUGCAUCACUGCAGAAAAGACUAUAACUGAGGUCCGUAGUUCCAGAGGAGAAUUAAUUCGACGAACAGAAAAUACAGUAGAGGUGGAAAGAAAAGUUUUUGACAAAGUGGUAUCAGAGAAAGUCACAGAACGUAUCAUCUUACCCCAGCUGUCCCCUUCAAGAUCAGUCAGCACAAUGACUACCGGUGAUUUGGCUGAUAUAAGCUCAUCCUCACUGUCACGGGUCUACAGCUCAGGAUCAAAGAGUAGCAACCCAAGCAUUGAUGUGGCUCAUUAUGAUCAGAGUAUGCCCACCCCAGCCCAGAGACAACAAAAUGUGGAACAGCAAGAUAACAGACAGCAGCAAGAGGAUGAAUGCCGACAUAAUGCAGACUUGCCAGGAGCUAGUGCAAUUGCUAUCCUGAUGCCAGUAGUUCAACCAAAAAGGCAUAGUGCAAGUUCAUCCACAGGCAAGGACCUCUUCAGUACCCCAGACCAGUCUAUAAUAGACCGUGCUGACAGUGACAUUGGUAAAGUGGUCUCCAGUUCCAACAGUACCCCAUGUUCUCACAGUUUUAUUAGCCCAAGCACAGCCAUAAGAAAGCCAGAUCAUGAAGGCAGAACUAAGAUUAUCACACCCACAAGUACCAGAAGUAAAGGAGCGUUAACUCAUGGCAUGUCCACAUCUACUCGUCUUCCCACUGAUGGUGAUGUAAGCUUACCUGUAUCUACCAUAGUGCUUGAUCCGCCAGAACAAGCAGGUGGUAAUAAAGGUGCUCCUGUUGUUUAUGGUCAGAACACACCAGUGGAAAAGGUAAUUUAUGGUCUUAGACAUAGAGAAACACCUGGAACACAAGAUAAUCACAAUAUAAGAGGAAAACGGACAGUCAAAUCAGACAGUCGUGGUGAGGAGCAGUCAGCGGAAGAUUCAAAAUCAUCAAAGUUUGUCAGUAAGAAACGAAAAAUUUCAGGUGCUGAGACUAGCAAGACAACACCUCAACAGCAGAAACUAAAAACACAUGCAGAAGUAUCCAGAGAAGAUGUGGGAGAGUUGACAGAUGUUCAGAGCACGGGUUUCAGUGUGCAUGGAGGUCAGCCAUCGGCGAGCGGUGGUUCUCUGAAGGAUCCUGUUCUAACUGUUUCAUCAAAGUCCAGUGCUGGUUUCAGUUACAGUCCAGAAAUAUCAUUACAAGGUGGACUGAGACAAGCUGGGGCAAACAUGGUGGUUCUUAAUGAGUACAGAAGCAAAGCAGUUCAAGGUGCCAAAGUAAUGGGCAAAUGGAAAGACGGUUAUUACUACCCUGGCGUUUUAAGUAAAGUGGACCACAGCAGUAAAAAGUACAUGAUACAGUUUGAUGAUGGCUCUCAGCGCUUAGUCAAACCAAAUGAAAUCAUCUUAGCUGCCGAGCUUCCUGUUGGUCAGAGUGUCAUGGUGCUGGCCAAUAAUGAUUUCUAUGAACCUGGUAUGGUCAUGGGUCACAGUGAAGCACAGUCAGAGGUUGGACCUGCAAAUUUUGUUUAUCAUGUUGAGAGGGAUGAUGGCAUCACUCAGGUUUGCGAGAGGAAAAAUCUGAUUUUAAGCGAGGGCCAGGCUGCCUGUCUUCUCAGCGACGAAGAAAUGAGAAUCAGCCCUGAUGUUUGUACUCCUUCGACCAGCAAACCUGGGGAUAUCUCUCUGGAUAAUUUAGUGGAAGGUAAAAGACAUCUAAAGUCUAAAUCAGUCAAGGCGGUGUCCGACAAAGAGGAUCAGCCAUCAGUUUCUGGUGCACAGUUGACUUCUGUAGCAGCACCAUCCAGCGCCAUUGAAGGUGAAAACUGUCAGAGUGGGAGAAAGCGUAAAGAGGGACCAGUUGCAACUAGCACACCUACUGUUAAACAAAUCUGCAAGGAAGGCAAGAAGAAAGGUACACCAGUGAAAAAUCCAGUUCCCCAUUCUUUAGGCGGGGCUGUGGCAUCUCCACACGAUCCUAAAAAAGUGCAACAAAAAGCUCGGACAGGUCUGCUAUUUGAAACUUCACUGAAAAAAUCCAAACUGUUUGAAGGGAUGACCUUUAUAUUGACCCACGUUGAAAAAUCUGCUGAGGACAGACGGCAGGAGAAAUUACUUCUAGAAGAUUCUUCUUUUGAAACUUCCACUGACAACAACACAGAUGUUGAAUGUGACACUUCACCAUUUAUGAAAGAACACCUUCAGCUUAUUAUUGAGAAUGGUGGAGGACAGGUGAUACAUUCCAUUAGCGAUGCCAUGCCAGGCAAGCACUGCUACUUGGUGGCAGCAGAAUAUCAAAGAACCGUGAAAUAUCUUCAAGCCCUGGCAGCUGGGAUAACCAUUGUGUCUCAUCAGUGGAUUCUACAUUCUGUAGCAGAGAACCGGCUGCAGGGGUUGAAAGCUUACAUUCUACCAGCAGGCAUCAGUCUAGAGAAGCGAAAGCUUGUGGAAAGGACAAGAAGUUGCAGUGAUUUAGCCAACCAGACUGUGAUGGUUGUGUCUAACAACAAGGAGUUCAUUGAGGCAUGGAUGUCCAUCUUGAAGAUGGCACAGAGUCAUAUUGUUACUCGCUUUCCUACCAGAGCUAGCAAAAAUGACCCAGGGGUUGAUGUGGUAGUCUCAGACAGUUCUUGUCCAUCAACUGUUGUACGGAGAUGCCAGCAGCUGGAUGUGCCUCUCGUCUCUUCAGAAUGGGUAGCUCAGUGUCUCAUCACUGGCCAUCUUGUGGAUGUCAAGGGUCACGAGAAAUACAAACAUGAUUUUUCUUCAUGA